AUGUCAGUCCACGGGUCUGCCCUAGUCAGCUACAACGCUGGAGUCAGCGCGUGUGAGAAAGGCAGGCAGUGGCAGCAGGCCUUGUUGUUGUUACGAGAGUCGUGGGAGGUUAUGCUGAGAGUCGAUGUUGUUGCCUACAGCGCUGGGAUCAGCGCGUGUGACAAGGGCGGACAGUGGCAACAGGCGCUGUCGCUGUUGAGGGAGGCCUUGGACUUGAAGCUGGAGCCGAAUGUCAUCACCAUUUACAGCGCUGGAAUCAGCGCGUGCGAGAGAGGCGGCAAAUGGCAGGAGGCGUUGUCCCUUUUGGGUGAGAUGUCGGAAACGGAGGUGGCGCCGAAUCUAGUAAGCUAUAAUGCUGGGAUGAGGGCCUGUGCACAAGUCGGGCAGUGGCAGCGAGCACUGUUGCUGUUCAGAGACAUGAAGGCUGUGAAUUCGGAGCCGAACAUUGGCAGCUACAUGUCUGGAAUCAGUGCGUGCGGCCAGAAAAGAGGAGAUGGCCAGGCACUGUCGUUGCUAAGCGAGGUGACCGAAGUGGGGUUGGAAUUGGACGUUCUUGCAUAUAAUAUUGCAAUCAGCGCGUGUGAGAAGGGUGGGCAGUGGCAACACUCGUUAGUGCUGCUUUGUGAGUUGGAGGAAGCGGCGCUGCAGCCAGACACUGUCACUUUCAGUCCAGUCCUUAGCGCUUGUGAGAAAGGCGGGCAAUGGCAACAGUCGUUACUGUUGUUGGGCAGGCUCCUAGAGGCGAAACUCGAACUGGAUUCUUUCGGGCACAGUGCUGGAAUCAGAGCUUGCGAGAGAGGUGGACAGCGGCGACCAGCGCUACCCGUCCUGGGGGAGCUGUCGCAGUCGGCGCUGUCGAGAGCCGACGUGCUCGCACGGAGAAGUCAUCUGUCCGAGCGCUGA